AUGAAGAAAACACAGCUUGGUUCACGUGAUUUACUAGCCAACGGUGGUGGUUGUCCUGUUGAAACAAAAGAUGAUUUAACUAUCAGUACAAUCCAUUUGGUCGAUCUCGCUGGUAGUGAACGUGUUAAUCGAGCGAAGACAGUUGGUGAACGAGUGAAAGAAGCGGGCAAUAUCAAUUCAUCACUGAUGGUUCUUCGACAAUGUUUUGAAACUCUUCGAGAAAAUCAAUCACAAGGAAUCAGCAAGAUGGUUCCAUAUCGGGAAUCGAAGUUGACAUCGUUUUUCAAAAGCUACUUUGAUGGUGAAGGUCGCAUUCGAAUGAUCCUUUGUGUGAAUCCAACUGUCGAUGGAUAUGAAGAAAUUCAACAUGCACUAAAAUUCGGCGAAUUGACAAAAGACGUCAUGGUGCCACGUUCUUUACCUCCUCCACCGCCACCACCAGUUCUACCUAAAUCAAAUCGCACUCCAACUGCUGGUGUUGUCCUUCGUGACAUUGACAAUCAACAACAGUCGAGCGCACAGCCAAUUCUUUUCACUGAGUUCAAUGCUCAAGCGUUGAUCUCUCCAUUUCCACCACUCGAAUAUUCUUUGCUGGAUGGAGCUGGUGAUGAUGAGUCGAUUUCAGUUCUUCAAGAACAUCUUCGACGACGGAUGGAAGAACGACAGCGGUUAAAUAUGCUCAUCCAAGAACAGCAAGAGUUCUUACGCAAGUUUACUCUUGAAUUGGUGUCAGACUACGAUUCGACCAUGUCGAACCAAGAUGAUCUGUCCAAAGAAAAUGAUCAACAAACAAAAACCAUUCGUCAUCUACAAACACGUAUUAAACUAUUGGAAAAGUCCCAAAAUGACUUGUUGAAAACAACAAAUCAAACUGAACGUGAAAACAAAGCAUUGAAGUUACAAAUUGAAGAACGAAACAAUGAAAUCAAAGCAUUAAAAACCGAACGACGGAAGGAUAAGAAUGAUUUCGAAAACAAAAUGAAAAUCAAACUGAAUGAAGUGGAACAACAAUAUAUGAAUGAAAUCAGAACUAAGGACAUUCGAAUGCGUGAACUUGGCCGACAACACGACGAUAAACUAAACAUUAUCCGAUCGAUGGCAACAAACAAUGGCUGUUCGAAUGAACAAUUCGUGAUUCCUGUCAAUCAAUCAUCAACACCAAAUGCAGCUGAUAAUGUUUAUCAAAAUCAAGGACAACAGUAUCAUCGUGUCGAAAUGAUCAUCUCUCAGAACUGCAAUACACCAGUGGAGCGCCCUAAUCCUCAUACACCAAACACCGAACCAAUGCACAUUGACAAUAGCCAUACACAUGCAGUUGUUGCUCAUCCUCGACAGCAACAUCGUCGAUCACGAUCUUUGAGUGAAGUUUGGCUGGAACAUCGACCACAAGGAACAGUUCCAACAGAAACUCUUCUUCAACCGAAGUUCAAUAAGAAAGUGUGUACACAAAAAGCACCGGCAAAGGAUGAAAUCAUCCGAACAACGAAGUACGUGUUGACACAUCAGAAUCUGGAUGCACAAGGUGAAAUUGUCACUGACUUCGUCAAAGGUGAUGUUCUUCCAUCGAGCACUGGUGGAGUGAAUGUGAUUUUCAAUGAUGUUGAGCGACUGACAUGUACAUCACCACCAGAUCCUCUGGUAUUGCACAAACGAUGUCAAAGUGAAGAACGAGUUCUUCGAGAAGUAACAUCAACGAAUACACCAUCUCCUUCGUCUCGUCAGGGUCCAGCUGUAGCACCCAAACGAUUUCGUAUGUGA